UAUUAGAGGAAGAAUCUUUUGUUUAGCUUUGAGCGCAGCAGCUGUUGUUUAGCGUAGCUUGUGUUACUUUGUUGCUUAGUUUGUUAGACCCGCAGCCAGUCGCGGUGUUUUGGCUGCAUUUUGAACCACAUGGCCUUCCCGGCGCCGGUGUGGCUCGCUGUCCAGGAGGAGCUGCUGGAAAGCGGCGAGCCAGAGGAGGACUGCGGCUCCCAGAGCUGUUUCGACGACUUUAACGACCAGGCUCUGUUUGAGACCUUCCACCUCUCCAGACCCUGCAUAGCCUUCAUCACAGACGCCGUCCGCAUGCGCGUUAAGUCGGCCGCCUUCAAGAAGAGCCAGCCGCCGGUGGACGUGAUGCUCAUGACCGCGCUGAGCUACUACGCCCAUGGCGUGUUUACCUCUUCCGUGCAGGCGAAGGCAGGGAUCAACCAACCGGCCGCCCUGGUCAAUGCGGUCAGCAUAAUCUCCGGGGUUAUCGCGGGAAUGUCGGACGUGUUCAUCUCCUUCCCUCUGACCGCCGAAGCCAGAGCCAGAACCGCGUCCAGGAUGGAGGAGCUCUGCGGGAUCCCCGGCGUCCUGGGCGUCCUGGCCCCGGCGCACUUCAAGAUCAGAGCCUCCCCCUAUGACAAGAAGUCCUUCAAGUCGUUCAUCAACACGCUGGGGUACACGUCGGUGGUGAGCCAGUUCAUAUGCGACUCUGAGGGAAACAUCCUGAGCGUGGAGAAGUGCUGCGUGGGCGGCGCGUUUGAGCAGGAGCUGUGGGACUCCUCGUUCAAAGGGAAGGAGGUGGAGGACGACCUGCACGGACCUUUCUGGUUUAUUGGAGGGAAAGGCUACCGGUUGAGCAAACACGUCCUGACCCCCGUGUCCAACCCGGUGUUGGACCGCGAGGUCCGCUUCAACGAGGCGCACGCCAAGGUGCACCGCGUCAUGCAGGGCAUGCUCAGCGCCAUGAAGAGGCGCUUCAGGUGUCUGCAGCAGCUCGGCUUUGCAGAAGAAGCCUCUCUGAACAAAAAGUCCAACAUCAUCAAGUCAUGCAGCGUUCUGCACAAUAUCGCCAAAAAGUUUUCCGUCCCUCUGCCUCCACGGGCCGGGAUGGGUGAACCGUCGUACCCGGGCAAGCCGUAUACGUCUCCGAUGGAGAUCAACCUGGAGGCACUAAAAGCCCGACAGGAACUCAUUGAUAGGAACUUCUCUGCCUCCGUCGGCAGCCGGGACUCACCGUGAAGCAAAGAGGAUCUGUGAAAUUCAUUCUGUUACCUUUGAUGCAAUUAAAGAAGAAAACAUUGAAAGUUUUUUUCUUCCAGUCAGGAAACUUUGGGUUGUUUUGAAUAUAUAAUGUUUUAUUUCUAUGUACAGAUUACAUUUUUCUACUUGAAUAAUUUUAUAAUUCUAAUAAAAUUUAUAACAUUC